AUGUAUGACAACAUCUCUGAUUUCACAAGAUAUGAUGACGACCAUGACCCCCAACACGGUGAAGAAGAAGUUUUACAAACAUCCAUUAAGACAGGAAAGGUUUUAACACAAAGUCUCAUUAUUGACACCAAAGAUGGCGAAGUGGACGUUCUUCAAGAGCUGAAGAAAAAUACUUCUUCGGGAGGUGGUGGUAGGCAUGAACUUGAAAUAAAUGAGAUAGAAGAGAAAUUAGCCGAAAAAGCAGAUAAAGAACAUGUUCAUUAUAUAAGUUCAGACGAACAGAUUAUAACGGACUACCAUGGAUAUUUAACACAGGAUGAAGAAGUGAAGACGAAAGAUGUUAAUGAAAGAAGAUAUAAAUACAUUCGUGCUAAAGGUUAUGACAUAAGCUGUACUGUACAGUAUGACACGGGUAAAGCACAAGAAACAUUUGGUCAUAACGAUGAAAUUUAUGCCUCUAGUUUCUUUGUUAACGGUGUAUUAGUUGAACCAAAAUUUACUUUGAGGGUUAAGGCAAAAAUAACGUUUGAAGAUGCUAUUAAAAGUAAAGCUGACAAAGUUGAACUUGAAGCAACGAACAAAGUUUUGAAAUCUCAUAAACACAAUAUCUCCGAUAUAAAUGAACUUCAAGCUACAUUAGACAGUAAAGCUGACAAGAACCAUACACAUAAAUCCUUCACUACUGUUAGAGCAGACGACAUAAUAUUGAACUUUGACCUUGGUUCAAGUGCACCUUUAGAGAAUCCAAGUACAAGCGUAAAAGAUACUCUUAACAAUUUAGAUAAGAGUUGCAGGAACAUUGAAGGUCAUGCCAGAAACUUUGAAGCACAUGAACUACCAACAAUGUUAGAUAAGAAAGCAGAUAAAACAGAGCUUCAAACAUUAAAGACUCAGAUUCUUGAAACAUUAUAUCCUAUAGGUUCUAUUUAUACGUCAAUGAAUUCAACAAAUCCAGAAACAGUUUUAGGUUUUGGUACUUGGGAACAGAUUGUAGACAAAUUCUUAUACUGUGCUAACUCUUCAAAGCAAACAGGGGGUUCGAAGAAAAUUACUGAAGCAAACUUACCUGCGCACACUCAUACAGGAACUACAAACUUUUCUGGCGACCAUAGCCACUCAUUAAGAGACCAUCCAUUAUACAACUCAGAAUAUAAAGCUGGCAAUGACGUUUUAUCUCCAUCUUAUAACAAUGCAGCAAAAAAGACUUUUCGACAAACUGAACCAGGAGGAAAUCAUGUCCAUACUUUCACAACAAAUCCAACAGGCUCGGGUGC